AUGCUUAAUUUAUUGUUAAUAUAUUUAAUCUAUUUGAUUUCAUGUUCGACCAAUUUGGUUCUGUGUUCAGAAGGUGAUAAACAUUAUAUUUAUCAAUCAUGUUUACAUCAUUGUCAACAGAUAAAUUGUUCAACAUCGUCUGGUUUAAAUUCGUUUCAUUUAAAACAAUCAGUAUUUGAACAAUUAACGUUUUGGUCAUGUCCAGAUGAAUGCGCCUACCAGUGUAUGUGGAAAACAGUUAAUCAUAUGCAAAAGAAUGAAAAACGAGUGGCUCAAUUCCAUGGUAAGUGGCCAUUUAUACGAUUAUUUGGAAUACAAGAGCCGGCAUCUACGUUAUUUUCUAUAGCCAAUUUCAUUUCACAUUAUUAUUAUGGUUUUCGUGUUAUUCGCAAACGUCUUCAAUAUCGUGUUCAUCCAUUAUAUAAUGUAUGGUUAUGUUUUAGCAUUGUUGCAUUAAACGCUUGGAUAUGGUCAGCAAUAUUUCACACAAGAGAUAAACCAUUCACAGAAAAAAUGGAUUAUAUAUGUGCUAUAGAACUACUCGAUUUUGAACCGAUUGCAUGGAUAAUUGAUGCUCAUUCAUUAUGGCAUUUUUCAACAAUAAUUUUACCAUUGUUAUGGUAUCAAUUUGUUAUUGAUGAUUCUAAUUAUCUAUUAGGAGCACCUUAUCAUUGA